UUUAUCGAACCAUUUUCUCCCAUAAUGCAUUUUUGUGAAAAUGGCAUCUUACGUAAGUCGUCUGCUUGGACCGUCUCUUCGAGUUUUUGCCAAGUUUGAGAAAAACUCUGGGGUAUUAAGAGGGAGUGCUUGCCUUCUUUCACAUCAACCUCCUCAAGGCGAACCCCCCAUUCCGGAAUGGAAGCAGCCGCAGAAUGAAUCUAUGGAGCUGAAAAGAGCAAGACUCGUUUAUCAGAGCCGCAAAAGGGGAAUGCUGGAAAAUGGAAUUAUUUUAAGCACAUUUGCCGGACGUUAUUUAGAAGGCUUUGAUGAAGAGCAACUGGAUCAAUAUGAUAACCUGAUUAAUAAGCCAGAUAAUGACUGGGAUCUCUUCUACUGGGUUGUACAGCACAAACCAACACCCGAGGAGUACGAUCAUGGAGUCAUGGAUCUACUGAAGACGUUUGCUAAGAAUCCUGACAUGGAAUCACGUAUCAGACAGCCUGACCUUGCAGAGACUGAGCAGAGACAUAUGUAAAAACCAACCAGGGCUCAAGACCUAUGUCGCCUAUCUUACGAAGUUAAUUGUUUGAGCAGAGACAUACGUGAAAUCAACUGGGGAUGGGGCACAAGUAUUGGACUAUUUUUUGUAAAGUUGAACAAGACUAGAUAAAACUAACCGUCUACUGGCUUCGGUCAACUAUUAGAACAAACAGGAUUGCCACAGACAACUUUUGUUCCACUUACACUCUACGUGUAUAAUGUACUAGUCCAGGGUUUUGAUCCAUAGAUUAAAGGUAAAGAUCAGUUAUGGUUAUACGAUUGCAUUGUGAAAGAAACGUUGUGGAAUCGAUCAGAAAAGGUUGA